AUCGAAAAUAAAUGAUAUCUGAAUGUGUAUACACCACCCUUGUCAAAUCAAUCUUCUUGAUUUUUCUGGAUUCAAUUUUGAUCAAAUUAAUAAUCUUUUGAAUUGUAAUCAUUAUUCAACCAUCAUUAUCAUCAUCAUCAUCAUCAUCAUGAAUGAUCAUCAACAACAACAACAAAAAAAUAUUCAUACAGGUGAAUUAGUAUUGAAUGCUUCAACAUUGGAAACACAAAAAGCAUCAGGAGAAUUUGUUAAUAAUAAAUAUUUGGUUGAAAAUAUUUGUUCAAUUAUAAAUAAAUUACGUAUUUAUCAAUCGAAAAAUUUGACAAAAGAUUAUUUUGUUGGAAUGACCAUUCAAUUUUCAGAUCAUUAUUAUAAAAUUGAUCUUUCAAAAGGAUCAGAUGAUCGUUUCAUAAUCGAACGAUUCAAGAUUAAUCGUGAUCAAAUUAAUGAAUAAAAGUGGAUUCAAACAACAAAAAAUGGCAACUUUUGGUCAAU